AAGCGUUGGAAGAAGAUCCUACUGCUUUUGCAUACGAUGAAGUGUAUGAUGAUAUGAAAAGUGCCGAAAGGAAGAGAUUAGAGGAGACCAAAGGAAAAGAUAAAGGUUGCAAUAAAAAGCCAAAAUAUGUUGAUAGUUUAUUGAAAGCCGCCAAAAUUCGAUAG